GCUCUCCCGCCCUUUUCACCACAAUCCUGCCUCCAAACUCCUCGCAUACCCAGCAGCUCAUAGCUAGCUCCAAGGAAGCUUCAAGCUGCCACUUCGUUGUCCUGCUUGCUGCCUGCCAGAUUGGCGAGCUAUAUAGUCGAUUGGUGAAGAUGGCGGCGCCUGAUCAGCGAGAGAUGAUGAUGAGCAGCAACGAGGAGUCGUCGGUGGCGCCGGGGGACCUCUGCCGCGGGCCGUGGACGGUGGAGGAGGACCUGUUGCUCGUCAACUACAUCGCCGCGCACGGCGAGGGACGCUGGAACGCGCUGGCACGAUGCGCGGGGCUUCGCCGGACGGGCAAGAGCUGCCGCCUGCGGUGGCUCAACUACCUGCGCCCGGACCUCCGGCGCGGCAGCAUCACGGCGCAGGAGCAGCUGCUCAUCCUGGAGCUGCACUCGCGCUGGGGCAACCGCUGGUCCAAGAUCGCUCAGCACCUGCCCGGCCGCACCGACAACGAGAUCAAGAACUACUGGCGCACGCGGGUGCAGAAGCACGCCAGGCAGCUCAACUGCGACGUCAACAGCCAGCGGUUCAAGGACCUCAUGAGGUACCUCUGGAUGCCGCGCCUACUCGAGCGCAUCGGGGACGACGCCCGUGCCACCGCCACGCCGCCGCACCUCCCGGCGGGGCCCGUCGACGACGUGGAGGUGGAGCUGUCCUGCACCACGGCCGCGUCGUCGUCCUCCGUGUCGACGCCCACGGACGGCACGCAGCAGCAGCAGCAGCAGCUCGUGUCGCCGCCGGCGCCACCGGCGACCUCCGCCUUUGGCGAGAGCGCGCCCAGCGGCUACGACGGAUCCUAUUCUUCCUACAGCAACACUGGUACCAUGUGGGACACGUUGUGCCACCCACCACAAACAGACUACCACCCGACGACGGCGCACUUGGAGGCUGCAGCUUGCAGCUGGUCCGACGAGUCGCUGCUGGCCCCGGGUCUCUCUCUCCCCUACGGCGACAUGGGGAUGGUGGGGUUGCCGGAGCUCGCCGACACCAUGUGGGGCGCCGGUGCCGACGACCUGUGGUACACGCAGAUAAUGGGGUUGUGAAAGCAAGUCCGCCGCUUGGACGGGCACCGAGACCCUGAAAGAUCCCAGAGCAGGAAACGUACUCAAUCAAGACGGGCUAGAGGAAGGAGAAGGUUAUUAUUGGGGGGCCCACUUUGCCCGCCAAUAAUUUGUUCCCCAGUUCUUGCCCAUCACAUCUCUGUGCGUGUCUCUUUAUACUACACCUGUGCUUUCUACUCUUAUAUAGCUAGCUAGUAGUACUGGAGCAGCAGUUACAGUAGCGCACAAGCUAGCUACCUUACCUUGAGGUUAACUAAACUAGUAUAGCUUGGUUGUUUUUACUUUUCAUUAGUUACUACUGCUUUAUUUCCUCCAUUAAUUCUUUGUGGGUAAAUACGGAGUGGUUAUUGGUUUGUAACUUUGUGUCAUGUCUGGAUGAUCUUGGAAUGGAGCCAAUGGAAAUAAAAAAUUGAAAUACCCCCUGCACUGCACGUCUGGGGCAUUGUUGCUUAGCACUA